AUGCAACAACAAAAUGAAACGAUGCCAUGUGUCCUGGUGGCAGCGAAGCCUCCGGCCGUCCUAGCACUUGCCCUUCUCAAUCAUGGCCGCCUGGGAGAGGAAGUGCUGAGAGGCCUGAAAGGCAGCGGGGGGGGGGGGGUAGAGAGUUAUGUGAGGGGAGACAAGAUGGCUGCCUUCCCCUGGUAUGCUAAGGACGGAGGACGGGAUCCCUGCAAAGGGAGCUUCCCACUUUAAUUCCCUUUUUUCUUGCAAGGCUUCGCUGACAUGUUUGGGGCGGGAUGGGUUCUUUUUGUGAGGCUUCUGGUAUUUAUUAUUAUCUUUAAUGGGAGGGCAGGCGGAUAUGGCACACCAGGCUCUAACAGGCUAUGUGAUGCUUAGCUGGUUAAGUUUUAUUCUAUCUUUUAAAGUUAUUACCGAUGGCACAUUUGCAGCUCGCUGCCUUUCAGCAACCGCCUUGCUGUGACCCCUGUGAAUCUCACUGGGUAACCUUAGGCCAUUCAUUGUCUUUCAGCCUAGCCUGCCUCACAGGGUUCUUGUGAAAUUAAAAUGUGGAUUGGGCAGAACCCAUGCAUGCCGCAUUGAGCUCCUUGAAGGAAAUGUGAGAUGUAAAUGUAGUAACAAAUAAAAUAUCAGGUGCCAUUCUGGAACUCCUUAGCCGUGGUGAGACAGGCAGAAAUCCAACAGGUGUGUCUCUUGGGAAUUGUAGGUGUGACGAGUCAUGUGUUUGAUGAAAUACCGUAAGCAGUGUUUAAAGCACAAAGAGGCUUUAACAACAAAGUGGCUCUUGGUAUAGUAAAGCAAAUCAACAUUUAUUGCAGUAUAUAUUUCCUUGGUCUAUAGCCCACUUCAUUGGCUGCCUGUUGCACUGGUUACCGUAGUUAGUGUAUUGGACUAAGGCUGAGGAAAACCCAGUUUCAAAUCCUCAGCCUAAUCCAUUAUUUGUGAGGAUAAAAUGUCCUGAUAAAAAUGCCAUUAAAAACAGAGAAAAUCCAAAAUAGGACCCAGUGGUAAUGAAAUACAAAAACGUACAGUUUUGGCCUCUUCAUUCAAUGGUGGGAUCUGCAUGCCGAAGAUCCCAGGUUUGGGCGCUGGUAUCUCCAGAUUACAAGGAUCUGGUGUUAGAUGAUGGAAAAUAUUUCUGCCUAAAAUCCAGUCAAAAUACUGGACUAGAUCAGGGUUGGGGAACCUGUAGCUCUCCAGAAGAUGUUCAUGUCCUGUUCCCAUCAACUUCAGCCAGCAUAGACAGGGAGUGGUCAAUUAUGAUGGGAUUUGUAGUUCAAUAAAAUCUGGUAAGCCACAGGCUCCCCAUCCCUGGGUUAGGUGGUCAGUUCCCACUAGUUAUAUAAGAGUCUUCCCAUUCAAAAAUGUAUUUUUCAUGUAAAUAGUGUUGAAAGAAAUAAAAUUCCGCUUUCUCUGAAUAUACAGUCUGUCUUGGUAAAGGAGAAAAUGGAGUUCCCUGAAAGUUCCAGUUGCCAGAUGUUCCGAACGACCAGUACCCUGGAGUUAUGAUUUGUGUUGUUCUGAGCGUUCAACGCAAGCUGCAUUCUAACUGCCUCAGAACUCCAAGGGGCAGUUGCUUCAGUGACCAGCUCAGACCAGCUUCAGUCUUCUCAGGUCUUCUCUGAGGUCAGACACACGUAAGAAAGACCUGGAAAAAGUCCUUGCGUACCAGAGAGUGGUUGAAGAACCAAUAUCAUGUAGGUACAUAUAUUCAAUGGUACACCAACAUAGCAGUGUUUCAUUAGAUAAGAACGAGUUGACUUUAAUUUCCCUUUGUCCUGUCUGAAUAAUGGAGAGGGAAGGGAAAAUAAGAUGCAGAGGAGGAGAGGAUUAGACAAAAAACCCCUUAUCUGCAUGAAGGGGGUCCGUGCAACAAAAGAGGUUGUGAAGUCGUGCAGUUUUUUUCUGCCUCAGGUGUCUGAGCAAAGUGUCUACAUCUGCAGGGAGAAAGGCUAGGCGCAUAAAGCUCUAGGCAGAAAGGCCUUUGGCCCCACACUAGUCCAUGUGCAUAAGCUUCACUGAAAAACUGAGGAAGUGUGAUUCCCGGCACCUGUGAAUGCAGAUGCAGCAGACUUUCCCCUUCCUACGUCUCAAGGUGGGAAAUGUAGAAUUUGCCCUAGAAUGAUGGCAUUGUUUUGGCUGCGCAUCACUAUUUGCUCAGACUUUAGGGGAUGUCCAUAAGACAUUGUACCUGAGUAUCUAACUGUUGUCUUUUGUCUUUGUUUUUCUCUAGCAUGCCUUCAGUUGCCUGCCUUGCCUGUACUCAAGCGAAAGCACCGCCCCAGGCAGAUUAUGGCUCCCUUCCUGUAUGUUUGCUGUGCAGGGCAUCUUGCUUCCAAGUAGGUACCUUUGUCUUGGCUCUUUUUGGCUGUGUUAUAUGCAUCUGCUCCACAGCCGGUGUCCAGUGGAGAAUGUGGCAUGUUGACAGCAUCAUGGGCGGCAGCAGACCUGGCUUUGCAGGGAUUGGGCUCUGGGUUGCCUGUUCUGCUCAUAGAAUUUCUAUUAAGAAGAUAAAUGUUUUGUGCACAGCAUUAGCUGAUGAUGAGUCCCUUCCCUCUGAAAUAGUUAUUGCUCAGGACUUCAUGCCAUUAGCCUCCAUUGUGAAUGCGGUGACCGUGUUUUGUAUGGCCUUUCCAUUAUAUAAUGUUUCCAAGCCUGGAAAACAUGGGGAUUUUAUCUUUACCUUUUUUUCCACAGGAGUCAUUCUGGAGUUAGCUGCAGGAACAUUUGUGCUCAUUUUCGUUUCCUGGAAUAUGUAUUCUAUCCUAGCGAAGGGUGGAAUGAAGCUCCAUGA